CCGUUGCACCGGGCAGGUACAGAAGUUGUUGUUUCUUUUUUUUUUUUUUUUUUUCGUUUUUUAACAAACAUGGAGUACAAGCUGAUCAUGGCCGUCUCCGGCUUCCCGAGUCUCUACGACACCAAUUCACUGACCUACCGGGACCUGAACAUGAGGAGCGACGCGUGGAGGCAGGUCGCGGAGAUCGUCGGUGUUCCCGAGUCCGAGUGCAGGAGGAAGUGGAAGACGCUGAGGGACCAACACCGGAGGGAACGGCAGCGAGAGAAGGAGAGACGCGAGAGCGGCAUCGGGCUCUUCAACUACAGGCCGUGGAGAUACUCCUCGAUUCUGUCCUUUCUAAACCCGUUCAUCGACGCCAGAGCCGCGGGCACCAACGGCUGGGCUCUGGACCCGCAGCCCUCCCAACUCCACGCGGCCGAACUGGUCGGCUGCAGUACGACCACGGAGACGCGGAGCGACGACGACGAGAAUUACGGCAUCGCCGUGGCGGACGCAACAACAACGACGACGACGACAACCUCGUCCUCGUCCUCGUCCCUCUCAGAGUUCGUCCAGAGGAAGCGACCGUCUCCCGCCAACGGAGACGCCGUCAGACUCAAAGAGGCAAAGAUUGAGGUGACCUCAGACACCGCCGCUCAAGACGACAGUGUACAAACACGACAGGUCCAACAUGUUAACGUGAGGGAACUGUUUGAGAUGAUGAUGCAGUCGGUUACAACUUUGGCCACAUCCUUAGCUUCUUCGCACUCUUCCUCACAGCCCUCGGAUCAGCCGACGGCCCCCGCAGUCCUGCCGCCCGAUCUGCAGCCUCUCCAGCACCGGCAGGCCCACCGCAGCCCGCCGCCGUCCAGCACCGCGUUCGGGCUGAACCGCCUGAAAAGAGAGGAGCGGGAGGCCGCGGCGAGGGAGCUUUUGGACCAAACGGACGAGGAGGAGGAGGAGGAGGAGGAGGAGGGCAGCGUGUCUCCCAGACCGGCUCGAGCCAAGAGGAAGAGCGGCGACAGCCUGCUGCAGGAGUACCUGAGGCGGAUGGAGACCAGGGAGGCUCAGAGGAGCCUGGAUGUGGAUCAGAGGGACGAUGUGACUCUCUUUCUGCUGAGCUUGGCUCCGGCCAUGAGAAGACUUUCUGCGGAAAAGCAGUCGUGGGUCAGAACCAAGAUCCAGCAGCUCCUUCACGAGGCCGAGUUCGGCGCUACGAAUUUUCAGUGAUUCCAAACCCCUCUGUACUUGACAUUUUCAUACAUCCUGCACGGGUCACGGUCUAGAGGACUUCAAUCGCCUCCCGACUCACACACAGACAAGCUCCUUCUUUCUCAUUUUUAUAAUACUGUUGCAGAACUUUCUCAUGUUUUUGGUGCCGUUUUUAAUAAA